AUGCCCACGGCCCUGAGCAAAUUCGUCCUCGCUAUCGACGUCAUCUUCUCAUACCUCUGGCUCACGGCCUUCAUCUUUGCCGCGCAAGACUACAACGAGCAGAACUGCUACUUCAACUCUCCCCCGUUCGUCGGCUGCAGCAAGAAAAAGGCUAAUGAGGCAUUCAUCUUCUUGGCUUUUUUCUUCACCUUCGCCGGGAUGUUCCUCGAAAUCGCGUCCCUUGCGGCAUACCGCCGCGAGAAUGCCCCCGUCCGCGAGAAGAAUGGCCACGGCGCUGCGCCUGCCACUGCCGCCGCGGUCUAG